CCACCGUGACGCGCCGUAAUGUCAAAAGCGCCGAAAUAAAAUCCUUUGGAACCUUUGAUACUUAACGGGAGAUUUUUUUGGUAUUUCGGCGUGUUGGCAUUACGGCAACAUAUUUGUGCUUUUUUUGUCGUUAAUUUAUUUUCUAAUUUGUUUGCUAGAUCAGGUAAUUGUAAAAUGCCGUUGGAUAUUACUCAAGAAAAAAUUGAACAAUUUAUUGCCGGUCAAUUAGGUGAAGAAGGCGAAACUGAAUUUUUAAAAAGAAUUGUUUCGUCCAAUGAACGAUCAGAAACUGAACGGAUUUUGGCUAAAGUUCAAAUGAUUCAGGGAGAUUUGAAUACACGUCUUAGACAAGGAGUAGAAGAGAAUUAUCCUCGUUUACUGGAACAAGUUUCUGCAAUUGAACAUUUGGACAGUGCCCACACCCAUUUCCAACAUGAAAUGGAUUCUGUAACGAAAAAAUUUGAUCAAAUAGCAAAUGAAUUGCAAAACAAGUUGGAUAAUGUCCGUUCAAGUGUUCACGCAAUUGCUAAUUUGACAAAAAUGUCGCGUCUUUUGGGAGAUGCUUUGAGAUGUCAAGAAUUGGUAAAUUUAUGCAAAGAAGAAAAAGAUUUGUUAAAAAAGGCUGAAUAUGCAACAGAAUUUGUCUCACUAAUAAAAUCGAAUGAUAAACUUUUAAAGUUAAAAUGGCUUCAUGAAAGCUGUCUAUUCAAACGAGAAUUAAUUGUUUCAAAAAUACGUCAAGAAUUGUUUGAACAACUUCGAUCUUCUUUAAGGUCACUUAAUGCUGGCGUUGUUAAUUCUACAAUGAAAGCAAUGCAAAAAUUGAUAGACAAUUCAACAGUUUAUCAAAAAGAACUUUCUUCAUUAAUGGACGAAUCACUUCGUGAACUUGAUGGACUUUUCCUACAAUUAGGUACACAAUCUAAUACUGAAAAGGCUAGCAAAUUUUUGCCUCAAUUGGGAACAAAAUUGCACAGUCAAAUGGAACAAUUUCAACUUUUAGGCACUGAUAAUGCUCAACAUUUUGCUAGACUUGUUGGAAAAGUGAUUGCUAACAGAGUCCCGGCAAAUGCUCCAUAUGCAAUGCGUUUAGUUCAAACAAUUUAUAAAUCUUUGGGAUCACAUUCAGAUUCUGUUGCUAAUGUUAUUAGAGAUGCUUUACAUCCAUUAAAGACAAGUAUUCACAGUCAAUCACUUGCUAAUUUGUUUGCUGCAAUUGAUGAAAUUUUGGAACAAGAUGAAAAAAGAGAGGCUAUAAUUGUUGAAAAGUUAAAUGCAGUAUUGCGUGCAGAAUUGUCAAGUGUCAAUUGGGAUAAAGAUUUGCAACGUGAAAUGGAAAUAAAUAUUGGAAAAGCAUUAAAGUAUUUAGCAGUAAAAUUAGAAAAUAAUUUAAAAUUUGGAGAAGAAGAAGAAUUGAGGUUUAUUGGAAGAGUUUCUAAAACACAACUUCAAAAUUAUUUAAUUUUAAAUAUUGGAUAUGAAAUGACUAAAUAUUGGCCUAAUUUGUGUACUCCUUUUAAUUCUUUGUUGAAACCUGCUUUGGAAACUAUUGUAGAUGCAAUGCGUGGACUAGUUUCUUUAGUUUUGGCUUCAAUGCAUGAAGAAGAUAUGUCUAAUGCUUCAGCCAGUUCUUCUGAUUAUAUUAAAGAACUUUGUGGUCAUUUAAGAAUUUUCCGUCAGCAUUGUAUUCAAUUAAAACCUUUAAAUGAAUCAUUUGAUGUAUUACCCUCUUUUAUAAAUUUUUGUAUUGAACAAUAUUUGCUGCAUAUUUCUCUUAUACGCCCACAAAAAGAAGUCAUUUUAAAAAGAUUUGUUAAAGAUUUUGAUUAUUUAUGUAAAAAUGGAUUGCAGAUUUUUGACUGUAAAUAUUCCAAAAUGUUAAAUUCAUCAAAUCAAAUAGUAAAUUUUCUUCAGUCAAUGCCUACUAAAUUUGAAGAAAUUUCUAAUGUUAUGGAAGAAGAACAGAAACAAGCAGGGGCUUUGACGUAAAAUUGUUUUUCUUUUCA